AUGGCAAAUAAUUUUUCCUUGAUUGAAAAAUAUAAUCAUUUGACAUACAUUUUUGAUAAGAAUUUAUUUGGACAAAAAGAAAAAAUUUGGCCAGAGAGUCAAGUUAUUGGAGGAAUUGAAGAUUAUGAAGAAGAACUUUAUUUCCCUUCUAAAAAUUAUAUCCUAAUUGAAAAUGAAUUUAAUAAAUUAAAGGCUUUUUAUGGAAGUAAAAAUAAUGAAGUGGAAAAAAGAGGAAGAAAAUAUGGAAGGCUUCUAACUUCAGAUGGCCAUAUUAUUAGUAGUAUAUUCAACCAUAGAACAGAACAUUUUUCAAGAAAAAAUCAUUAUGUUGAAUUUCGUAGAACUAUUGACAAAUAUUCACAUUUAAAAAAUGAUGACCCAGAACUGAUGUUGACCAAAGCUUAUGGAAAAGUUGAAUAUUUUUUCACACAUAAGCACCAAAACAAAACCAAAUUUUUAGCAUUUAUUCAAUUAACUUCAAGAUUGAUUGAAGAUACAAAUCUUGAAAUCAAAUAUUUUACCAAAUUCACAACUUAUGAAUUUAUUGAUGUGCGCUUAAUUGAUCAUUGCAUAGGAUUAUUUAAAUUGGGAUCCAAGUAUUAUAUCAUUGAUAAAGAGAAUAAU